UCAUGCAGGCUGGUUCUUGGCAGGCCUUUGCAAGAACUUUGAGCGGCCUGGCUUUUGGGCUCAAGGGAAGGACUUGCCAAGGCAUUCCUGUCAUAGUUUUAGGACACCUCUUCAGACCAAGUAUACGUCAGAACUGCUACAGUGCACUAUAAAAGGCGGAGGACCAUCCCAAAAGAGCGUGCAUUGUCAGUCUACUCUACGACGAAUACCAUAAAAAAACACCCUUCAUCGGCUACUGAAGAUGUGGACAAUUUUAGUCUUUGUCAUCUUUGAUUUUGCACUGGUAUCAUCAUCCUCAUGCCAGAAGUGCCUUUGCCCACCUGAGGGACCUGUGUGUGCAGCAGGGGUCAGUAUUGUCCCGGAUGGUUGUGGAUGUUGUAAAGUGUGUGCUAAACAGCUCAAUGAAGACUGCAGUGAGACAGAGCCAUGUGAUUACAUCAAGGGCCUGGAGUGCAACUUUGGUGGGAAAUAUGGAGCAGAUAAGGGCAUUUGUAGAGCCAGAUCCGAUGGCCAGACCUGUGAAUACAACAAGAAGAUUUAUCAAAAUGGAGAGAUAUUCAGGCCCAGCUGUAAGCAGCAGUGCACCUGUUUGGAUGGAGCUGUGGGCUGUGUGUCUCUGUGUCCACGAGAGCUGCCCCUACCCAAUGACCGGUGCCCCCAUCCCAGACUGGUCAAGGUUCUGGGACGAUGCUGUGAACAACUGGUUUGUCCUGAAGAGAUGAAGACAAUGAAGAAAUACAGGAAAAAGGAAAGGCUAUCAGAAGAUUUUGUUAACAGUGAAAAGAAUCUGGAUAUAAUGUGGACAGAGAACUUAUUGGGUUUCAGAAGUAAUGCUUUGGAGAACACUGCAAAACUUGACUGUGUAGCUCAGACCACAGACUGGUCCUCUUGUUCCAGAUCUUGCGGCACUGGAGUCUCCACCAGGCUGACAGUUAGCAGAGAAACUCAGUGCAAAAUGGUGACGGAGACUCGGAUAUGUGAAGUUCGUCCAUGUGCACAGAUAAAGAUGCAACAACUGAAGAGUGGCCAGAAAUGUCAGCAGAUGCAAACUCCCUCCAGACCAGUGAGAAUGUUCCUUGAUGGCUGCCGUAGCGUGAAGAGGUUGCCGGUUAGAUUUUGUGGGAGCUGUGUGGAUGGACGCUGCUGCAGACCCCAGCGGACUCAGACUGAACCUGUGCUUUUCAGGUGUAAAAAUGCAAAGACUGUAACACGAAUGGUAAUGCUGAUCCAGUCUUGUACAUGUGACUAUUACUGCUCGGAAACAACUUCUCUGUAUAAUGUAUUUAAUGAGGUUCACAAACUCAGGUAUUAGGGAAUAAUUACAAGUGAUUAUAAUUUAUGCUUCAAGACAAUGGAGCUGUGCAUUUUGCUUCUUAUAAAAGCUAUUUCUGUUAUUUUAUCUUUCAUUUUAUAUUAUUUGUGAUUUUUUUUUUGGAAUGUUUAAUUCUUGACAAGACAGACUUCAUGACAACACAGAGUCAUGGGAUGUUGCUUUUUGUUUACAUGACAUAGUACAUACUAAUUGCCAAUUACUAUUUUAGAUAAUUGUUUUGUAACGUGACCAUGGCUAAACACUUAAUAAAUUAGGUUUUUGUUUUUCUAUUGGCAUGAAAGUGGUGUGAACUAUGAACUAUAUAAUCAACUGUAAAGGCAGAAAAUGCAAAAUACAGGAGGGCUAACCCACAUUGUCAAUGUGUAAACAUCUGUAGCACCAGAGAGAAUAAUUCACAGUUCAGUCUAAACUCUGAAAAAAAAAGUUUUCAGGCACUACAAAAUCUAAUACAGGAGACAAACCACAGAGUUUAAAUCUAUCCUCUUUAGACAGAAUUAUACAUAACCUUAUUCACAAUUGAUCAAGCAAUAACAAAUAUUACAGUACAUUGAUACAAAUUAAGGUACCGGUAUGUCAUUUUAGAAAAUAGGACGAUGUAAAACACGUAGCUUGCAGUCCUUCGUCAAACAUUGUUGUGUAAGAGUUUUUUAGGAAGUCCACAUAGUUUUGUAUGCUUUGUUUGUGGCUCUCAGACUGGUCCAGAGUACACUGUAGAUCUUUCAGACGGACUUCAAACUGCUUCGCUGCCUGUAAAACACAUAAGUAAGGCAGUAAUUUCAGAAUAUAAUACAACAAUAAUAUAAUAAUAUACAGCCAUGAUUUUAAGAGCAAUACUUACUGUUAUCUUGCUCUGUCGCAGUACACUGAGCUCUUUGUCUCUUCUACAUAUUUGUGCCUCAAGCUCCAAAAUCUUAGUUUGAAGAGCCUCUUCCCGAGCAGCAGCUUGGUUUUUAACUUUGUUGACCUGA